AUGGACGAGCAAGAACAAGACAACCUCAUCCAAACCCUCACAACCCAAAACGCCUCCCAAAACAAAUCCACAGCACGCACCCUCCUCCUCCUCCCCCUUCUCUCAACAAUAGCCUACAUCCGCCCGCUCUUCGACCCCGCGACCGCUUCCUUUGCGAUAUUCUGUCUCACGUCCCUCCUCGCUACCGCGUUCCUCUUGUACCGCCUUCCGCCGACCGAGACGGGUAUAAUCAUCGUCGAUGACUGGGCGCACAGACGAACUGCUUCUUCUUCUUCUUCUUCGUCGUCGUCUGUCAAUGCUUCUCUACGACAGCAUAAUCAGUCGCUGAGGGGCCUUUUGGGAAGGGCGCAGGUGGAAUGGCGGUCUCCCUUGGAGAGGACGCUGCCGUAUCUGAAUCUCGGUUUGGUUGUGCUCUUGAGUCUCAUGGGGCUGGUAAGGGGCGACCAUCGAGCAGGUGGCUUUGGGUGGGUGAGCAUGGGCAACGUACCAGGCCUGGUUUACUCUGUCGCCAUCACGGCAAAAGUCGUCAUGGCGGGCGUUGACCCCGAAAGGGAGCUGUCGGGCCUCAAGUACGGCUACAAAGGCGCUUGA